GAGCCACAGUGCAGACUUUUGUCCUCAUCAAGAUGUCUGGCAGAUAGCAGACGACCUCUCGUUAGACCAAAGUACCACAACUGAGAAGCAAAAUGUGGAUUCUUCCCCUUGUAGGCUACAUUGGCCUCAUUUUGGGCUUCUGCUUCCUUACCCUUGCAAUAGCGUCGGGCCUCUACUACCUCUCCGAGCUUGUGGAAGAGCACACAGUUUUCGCCAAAAAGCUUCUCCAGCGCUUAAUCUAUUCGGUCAUCGCUCUCCAGAUUCUGCUUUGCGUUGUGGACCGCUUCCCGUUCAUGCUGAGCAUGCUUAGCGUUGGGAGCCAUGUAGUAUACAUGCAAAAUCUGAGAAGGUUCCCUGUGGUGAAGCUGACGGAUCCAAUGUUCCUUCUCUCAUGCGUGCUCGUAUUGCUGAAUCACUACCUAUGGUUCAACCACUUUCAAGCACCGCCAAAGCAUACAUCAGGGACGUCUUAUUACUAUAACGAUCCGAUAGCAUCGUCGUAUCCGACCUUCACAGAGAUAUCGUCGUAUUUCGGACUCUGCGUGUGGCUAGUUCCCUUCUCGCUUUUUGUAGCACUCAGCGCAGGCGAAAAUGUUCUUCCAAGCAUGGGUAGCGAAUAUGCCACUGGUGAGGGCAGCAGUUUUGUGACUCCCGGAAAGGACCCUGCAGCUGCUGCGAAGGGGUUAAAGGGCAGAGAAGGCAUGGCGAAGCAAGCUGUUAAUGGUGUGAGAGAAUGGUUCUCAGAGGCUGGGGCAAGCUUAGGCCUCUGGAAGGGCGAAAACAUACGGAAAUGGUGAUGACGAGUCUCGGCGGUCAAAGUCUGUAUGAGUAUGUAAAACUAGCAACAAAGCGCGGUAUUGCGUUCUAUGUCACUUCUCUGGUUGAGACGCUCUAGAUUAUGCCUUAGGCCAACACCAUCCUGUGAUUUAACAAUUUCUCUUCCCAGGCCUAACAUUCUCCCACCAUAGAAAUUAAAAAUCACUCACCAUACUAUAGAUAGUAGUCCCUUAG